GUGUGGACCACAGUUUUGCAUGUUUUGGGCCACUUAAGAAAUUAAUUCGUUUAAAAGUUCGGUAUCUUCAUUUAUUCAUCCGAAAUAAAUUCGAACACGAAUACCCCGUUUGUUUAUCGCGCGUACGUGCGAUGAUAAUGUUUUAAUACGGGAUUAUUUGAGUUUUUUGCGUUGUUGUAUUGUGGAACAUGACGAUAUUUUUUUAAUUGGUUGAAAAAGUGAGAGGACUUGGUGAAAGUGGUCGCUGGAUUUGUCGUAAUUGAAAGCAAAAUGAUGUGUCCCAUCUCGGGAAUGGUCCAAUUCCUCAUUGUGGUGGUAACCCUCCUCCUCCUCUGCCACGCCGCCGUCGUGCGCUCCUUGGAGAUCGUCUUCGAGCCGCGAAACGCCACCGUCCACAUGCACGACACCAUCCCCAUAGCUUACCAAAUCCUCAAAGCCCCCGACGAGAAUUUCAACACGGUGCGGCUCUACACCGAGAACCCCAACGUGGCCAAACUCGACUCUUUCAUUAUAAAAGCCCAAAGCGGGACGUUCAACCUCACGGGGAAUUUUCUAGGUAAGACGGAAGUGAGGUGUCAGGGGGCCCAGGGGAAGCUGGAUGUGACCGUAGUGAGAAAAAAACGGGUCAUUGACACGAUUUUCACCUCGUCGGUGGCCACACUGGUCAGCAUUUUGUACAUCAACUUCGGCUGUGCCCUCAAUUGGGGGGAAAUGAUCCGGAAUUUGAAACGGCCAAUAGGGCCCGCCAUCGGUUUCGUGGGCCAGUUUCUCGUAAUGCCAUUGCUCAGUUUUGGGGUCGGUAAGCUUCUCUUCCCCGACAGUCCUGAAAUGCAGCUCGGGAUGUUCUUCACGGGGGUUUCCCCGGCCGGUGGUGCCUCAAACAUCUGGACGGUGGUCCUUGAUGGUAACAUGGACCUUUCCGUCACCAUGACGACAAUCAGUACCUUAGCAGCCUUCGGGAUGAUGCCCUUGUGGCUCUUCACUCUAGGAAAAGUGAUCUUCGAUCAGGGCGACAUAACUGUGCCUUAUUCCCAAAUUUCCACUUAUGCUAUAGCACUGGUGAUUCCCCUAGGAAUCGGUUUUUUACUCUCGCGGUAUUGCAAAAAAGUCGCGACGUUUCUAGUCCGGAUUUUGAAGGGCUUCUCGGCUGUUCUCCUACUUUUCAUCAUAGUUUUCGCAAUUGUGACCAAUUUGUACUUAUUUGAGUUGUUUUCAUGGCAGAUUGUUGUCGCAGGGAUGGGUCUGCCCUACUUGGGGUACCUCCUCGGGUACCUCCUUGCCGCAAUCCUCAAACAACCCUCACCCGAUUGUCUCGCAAUUGCGAUUGAAACGGGGAUACAAAACACCGGAAUCGCCAUUUUCCUACUCAGGUUCACCCUACCACAGCCCCAAGCCGACUUGACCACAGUGGCCCCCGUUUCUGUGGCCAUGAUGACGCCUUUGCCACUGCUAAUUAUGCUCGUUUACAAGAAAAUUAAGGCCAGGAGCGAUUUUUCAGGCUAUAUCCCGCUCGCAAGAAGUUAAAUAUGGCGGUGCAAGAAUUGACAAUUGACGGGAAUUCAAAUACUCAAAAGGAGGAUCGGCUCAUACCGACCAUAGCGUAAUCUCGGGCUGUGAUUCAUCAGCUUUAAAGUUACUUAAAAGGGGGCGAAAAGUCGGCUAAUGUACGGAAAAUCGGACUCACCGUGAAAAUUCAGGCCGGGACGAGUCGUCAGGGACACCAACUGAAGCGUGAGUGCAGUGUUGCCAGCCCAAAACAAUUAAAUUCACCAGAUCUGGACAGAAAAGUUACCAGAUUUACACCUAUUUUCACCAGAUUAUACUUAAAUUUUUCCAAUACUGUCGAAGAUUCACGAUUUUUUUCGCAAAUCUGCUCAAAAACGUGCUUAUACGCUCGAAAAAUGCAAAAAUAGGUAACGCUAUUUUAUUUAGUCUAAUUCUAUAAUUUUUUGAAUAGUUUUUAAUUCAAUUUUGCGAAAUAACACGUAGCACUGAAUUAGUGGUAAUCCUUCUAAAUUUGUUAUAUCAGAAUGUUUCAGGUGUCACUCCAUACUUACGUUGUAAAACAUGCUAAAACACCUGAUAAAGGCAAAAAUAAUGACUUACCUUGAUGUUUUUUUGGUUUGUUUUGGCAAAAUCUUCAUUUUCAACUAUAUUUUGUAUUUUUCGUCCUUUUUUUGUGUGACAAAGUUUCACUCAAAAAGAGCUAAUUCGAAUGAAACAAACGAAAUAACAUCAAUUUAGAUUUAUUUUUGUUGUGUUUAAGCAUGUUUUGACCCUAUCCUGUAAAAUAAAUGAGUCUCUGAUUCAAAAACGAACUAAAUGGAGCGAGAUAUGCUAAAAUAAUGUCAGUUUCAAUCUAAUUUGAUAAUUUUUCAGUCAGUUUUAGCAAAAAUUUUUAUGUAUUUUAAAAAUGUGCUGAAACACUUUAAAAAUGCAAAAGUAAUACUAGUUUUGGCCUAAUUUGAUAAAUUUU